AUGGUGAACGUCCCAAAAACCCGCCGGACAUUUUGUAAGAAAUGUGGGAAGCAUCAGCCCCACAAAGUCACACAGCACAAGAAAGGCAAGGAUUCUCUCUAUGCCCAGGGAAAGCUGCAUUAUGAUCGGAAACAGAGUGGCUAUGGAGGGCAGACUAAGCCAAUUUUCCAGAAAAAGGCAAAAACUACAAAGAAGAUUGUGUUGAGGCUUGAGUGUGUUGGGCCCAACUGCAGAUCUAAGAGAAUGCUGGCCAUUAAGAGAUGCAAGCAUUUUGAAUGGGGGGAGAUAAAAAGAGAAAGGGACAAGUGA